AUCUACAAAAUUAACCUAGUGGAAGAAACAAGAUGAAGCGAAUGUACUAUAUAAACCAUCAAGAUUGAAGAUCAGAGUUAUAAGAGUUGACCAAAAUGAGAAAGCAUCAUUUCCUCAUCGUGUGUUUCCCUGUUCAUGGCCAUAUAAACCCUUCCCUUGAAUUAGCCCAUCGUCUCACAAACUUAGGCCAUCAUGUCACCUUCGCCACCACCGUUCUUGGUAGCCACCGCAUCACGAUCAACAAGAAGAACAAAACCACCUUAUUAUCUUUCACUACUUUCUCUGAUGGCUUUGAUGGCGAACAACAAACAAACCUCAACAACAAAUCCACUCGCACCACCACUCAAUUCUUCUCUGAUCUCAAACUCUAUGGCUCUCAAUCUCUAACAAAUCUCAUCAUUUCUAACCAAUCUCAUAACCCUUUUACUUUUGUAAUUUAUUCCCUUUUGCUUCACUGGGUUGCUGAUGUUGCCACUAAUCUUCACAUCCCAUCAGCUCUUCUUUUUGUUCAGCCAGCAACACUUUUAGUUUUGUAUUACUAUUACUUUCAUGGCUAUGGUGAUACCAUUCCUAACCAAAAAUUACAAGGAUUGCCCUUACUUACUACCAAUGACAUGCCAUCUUUCCUUUCCCCUUCAAGCCCUCAUGCUUUUCUUCUCCCUUUAUUCAAACAACAAAUUGAAGUAUUACUCCUUGACCAAAAAAGUCAACCAAAAGUAGUACUAGUCAACACUUUUGAUGUUCUUGAGAUGCAAGCCUUGGAAGCAAUUGAUGGGUUGAAAAUCUUGGGAAUUGGACCCUUGAUUAAUCCUAAUUUUGAGCCAUCAUUGUUUGCUAAUGAUGAUAUUAUUCAUGAUGAAUAUUAUAUUGAAUGGUUGAACUCUAAGCCUAAUUCAUCUGUGGUUUAUAUUUCUUUUGGAUCUUUGUAUGUGUUGAGUAAUACACAAAAGGAGGAAAUUGUGCAUGCUUUGUUGGAAAGUGGGUAUACAUUUUUAUGGGUAAUGAUUGGUGGAGAAGAUGAUGAUCAAAAGCAAGGGAUCAAAGAAUGUUUAUUAUUAGAAGGACAAGGGAAGAUUGUGUCAUGGUGUUGUCAAAUUGAAGUAUUGAAACAUCCUUCAUUGGGUUGUUUUAUUACACAUUGUGGUUGGAAUUCAACAUUAGAAAGCUUGAGUUUUGGGGUGCCAAUGGUGGGUUUUCCACAACAAAUAGAUCAACCUACUAAUGCAAAGCUUGUAGAAGAUGUGUGGAAGAUGGGAGUGAGAGUGAAGGCUAAUUCACAAGGAAUUGUGGAGAGGGAAGAAAUUAGGAGAUGUUUGGAUUUGGUAAUGGGGAAAUCAAGAGAUGAUGAACAAAGGAAAGAGAUUGUGGAAAAUGCCAAAAAGUGGAAAGCUUUGGCUACACAAGCUAUUGGUGAAGAUGGAACGUCAUGCUUCAAUCUUAAAUCUUUUGUUGCAAAUAUUGAUCAAAUUAGUGGAGUUCAAAUAAACGAUAUUUAGAUUGAUAGUGUAAUGUUUUAGCUAUUAAAUUAUGUUAUUCGCGAUCAUUAUAUUUUAUAGUAAGAAGGAAAUUAUUUUGUGUUUUUGUAUAUAUUUGUUAAAAAAUCAUACUAUGCG